AUGACUUCCUCCUCUGUAGAUGUUUCAUCGCUCGGCUCCACUUGUUGGGAACCAAGCUUGAACGGAACAAUUAGAAACUUUGCCACGAUAUCCCAAAAUAAUAACCAAAUCAACAUUUAUUCAGGAGAAAAUUCACAACUUUUGCUUCAAUUAAAUCUUCCUUUGGACUUGCAAAGUAAAUUUACUUCAAUGAGUUGGAUUUCUCUCAACUCUAGCGUUGCUAGUGAUGAUGAAAAGAAGAAGAAAACACACAAAACAUACAUCCUUGCUGGUACACAAGAUGGAAAAAUUAUAGCUUUUGAUACCGAAAGAGGAAGACUCGUAAAAAGUAUACAAUUAUCACCAACAACAUCAUCAUCAGUAUCUCCAAUUUUAAAUGUUAAUUGUCCUGAUGGAAAUAGAAUUUUUGCAGCUCUUGCACCUAAUCUCAUUGCAGGAACUCAUUUCCUUUCAAAGUCCAAUAAUACCAAGGUUGAUUUACACAAAAUUUGUUUCGAAGAUAUUACUUGUUUGAGUGAAAAUUGUGGUCACUUGAAUGGUGCUGAUGUUUUCGCUAUUGCAAAUUCUGGAAAGACUCAACUAUUCCAAGUUAACACACAACAACGUGUUUGUGAUUUCCAAGGUCAUGAAAAUGGUGCUAACCAAAUUUUAUUUAUUCAUUCUGAUUUACUUUUGACAAGAUCAAAGGAUGAUAGAAUUGUUAACUUGUAUAAUUUAAGCAAUAUAAUGUCAAGCUCUAGUUCUAAUGGUUUAAAUACUUCAAACUUUAUUGAACAAUUGAUGACUACAUCAUCAAAUCACUCGGAAUUAAUUGCUCCUAAUAAGGUUUUCACUUUGGAUGCUAAUGUAGUAGCUAUUGAUGGCUUCUAUCGUUCUAAAAAGUAUUUGGAUAUUGCUGCUGUUUCUCAUGCUGGAUUGUUAACUUUAUUCAGAGUUAAACCAUCUGAAAAAUCAACUUAUGAUAUUAUUUCUAAAGCUACUGUCAAGUGCCAUCUUUCUAAAGGAUUUGGUAAGGUCAUUUCUGCCAAAUUCAUCGAUGAAUCACGUAUAAUUUUGGCUAUGGGAUCACCACUCUUCCCUAAUAUUCAAGUUUUGGACUAUUCUUCCACUGAUAAGGAUCAAGAAAACUUUUUAUUCUUAGAAAAGGAUCUCGUCAUAGAUGAGCAACCUAUUGUUGCUGGAACAAAGGACAACAAAUUGAUUGGUAGCAAAGGAAGUACCUACUCUAGUAAUAUGGUUUUGGGUGUUGCUAACAUGGAAUCUGCCAAUGCUAGAUUUGCCCAAACCUUAUCAACAACUGAAGGUUCUCAAAAGUCUUUCCAAGAUAUUCUCUCCCAACAAACAUCUACAUCCACCAAGAAGGAUAUGACUCUCUCUGAAGCUGGUGUUCCAGUUAUGAAACUCAACUCAUCUUUAAUAACAGCAUUGAAGAGUCAUGAUGUUGGAAUGAUUUCAAAAUGCUUGGCUCACUCUGACUUUGAUUUAAUUGAAUCUACAGUACAAAACCUUUCGGCAACAUUUGCAAUCAAGUUAUUGGAUGUCAUUAUCGAAUUAUAUGGAGAUUUCUCACAAUCAAGAGAUACUUUAAUCUUUUGGCUUAGAUCCUUGUUGGUUAACCAUACAUCACACAUAAUGUCACAAAAAGAUAUCAUUGAAAGAUUGUCUCCAAUUUACCACUCAAUAGAUUCAAGACUGCGAAUGCUCCCAUCUUUAAUGGACUUGUCAGGAAGAUUGGAUUUAUUACUUUCUAUUGGUGGAUAUGCCAAGGUUGAUUUUGAUACAACUGAUAAUAUUUCAGCUGCUGCUAAGGCUAAGGCUAAGAAGUUCACAAUUGUGGAGAAGGACGAAGAUAGUGAAGAUGAAAUUAUUGAAAUGAUUCAAGCAUCAUAUAAUAAGAAAUCUUCUGGGGAUGAUGACUUUGAUGUAAUUGACGAUGAUAAUGAUGACAGAGAUGAAGAAAUUUUGAAAGGAAUGGAGGACGAAAAUAAGAAGGGUUGGUUUGCUGAUAUGAAUAGUGAUGAUGAAAUGAGCGAGGAAGAAAGAGAAUUAAAUGAACUUUUAAAGAGAGAAGAACAAGUAAUGAAAUCUAGAGGUUCUUCUAAUGAUGACGAGGAUGACGAUGAUGAAGAUGACGAUGAAAUGCAAGAUGACAUGCAAGAUGAUGAAGACGAUGAAUAAAUUCUCUUUUUC